AUGGACCUGACAACUAGUGCUCCAAUGCGCAAUAAUCCAAUGUUAGAGUUGGACAUUCUGGACGAGCUGAAGUCAUUAUCAGCAAACAUUAUGACAGUACAUAGUACUGCACCUUUGACUCUGUCUCCGGAUUUGUGUCCCAGCCUGGACUCAGAAAUAAACAAUACAAAUAAAAAUAACAACAAUAAUGAUGCCACUGACUCAGGAUGGAGACUUCUUGGUACCCGGAAGGUGUGGAGACCAGAUUGGACGGACUACGACGCUCGUGUAUCGCGCCGCUUGAGUCAGCAAAAAUUGGCUGACAAGGCUAAAAAAUGGAGGAAGCAGAACACAUCACGUCAAAAUUUAGGCUACAACAUCCGUAACGACAACAUCCGUAAUAACAACAACAACAACAACAACAACAACAACAACAACAACAACAACAACAACAACAACAACAACAACAACAACAACAACAACAACAACAACAACAGCAACAACAACAACAACUACAACAAUAACAAAAUCAACAACCAGCACCAAAAUCAAAGCAGAAACGACAACUACGAUGUUUACUUCUACAACAACAGUCGUAACAGGGAUAAUAGUGACAUCAAUCGCAGAAACAUUGGACUGAAUCGCGCCCACUUACUUCCGUCUGAUAGAGAGCUUCUUGCAGUAGCGAAAGAUCGCUUCUCCAGGCCACCGACUAAUUAUCGUCCAACGAUGCAAUUUCAUCGAGGUGAAAUUCUAAACCCAUAUCCGGAGAGCGAAUCUCCAUGUACCAUUCCUGCGCCUAACCGGAUGAUUUCAGCUACUGCAU